AUGGUUCCCUUCCUGCCGCUGCUGCCGCGCUACGCGUCCUGGGGCAACAUCAAGUCGGGUGCCGAGAUCGGCCUCUGGUGCGCCUUCGGCUACGUAGCCCAGGCGGUGGGCCUGCAGACGGCCGACGCCAGCCACGGCGCCUUCAUCUGCUCCCUGGCGAUGGUCGUGGUGCCGGUGUUCAAGUCGCUGAACGGCGAGAAGGUCAGCAGCCAGCUCUGGGCCGCCGUCGGCAUGGCCGUGAUGGGCACCGCGCUGCUGAUUGGGGUCAUCGGAGGCGACGGGGCGUCGGUCAGCAGCGGCGACCUGAUCUGCGGCGGGUGUGCGCUGGGCUUCGGGCUGAUGUUCGCCAGGAGCCCCUCGUGGAAGAGGGUGAGGGCGCGCGGCGGCAAGGCGAGCACCAGGCCCCCCAAGGCUUUGCCCGACCUCGAGCAGGCGGGGACAUUCGAGGCGCAGGGGCCGCCUCACCACCUCUCGGGUUUGCUCGCCUGCCCUCUGCACGUGCUGCUCCCGUGGAGCAGCUGCCGCACGGCGUUUUGGCUGCUCCUGGGAGGAGCCGGCCCGCCGCCGACCAGAUCUCGUGCUGCCGGCGGCGCCGAGCUCACGCGGGCGGUGGGCCUCGGCUGCGGAGCCGCGCGCCGUGCCCUUAUCCGGGCCCUGCCGCUCGGCCGCCCGGCCGCCUGCCGCCUCGGCACGGCACGCGCGAGCCCGCUCUUCCAGGGUCGUCGGGCGGCCCGCUUCCUCUGCACCGUCUGA